AUGUCGGCUUCUCAAGACAGUAAAAACAGCGCCCUCUUUAACUGGCUAUCAGAAGCUUGGGUAAAGAUUUUAUUUCAACCAGACGAUGAUCUCGCAGUCAACACAUUCAACAAGACUUUUGCAAACGAUAUAGUCAUCAAGAUCAACCACGACCAUGUUACCCGCGAAGAAUAUCUUGCAUACAUUACUAGCACACGUGCUGCCUUUAACCUAGCCUUCAUCCACGCCAUAGAAGUCAAAGUGUGGGAAUCUCCUAACGGUGGCGGCUCACUUGUGUUCGACGGCGAGCUUAAAUAUGUUGAUAAAAAGACUAAAGAGGAGCAGAUUGGUCAUGCGAUAAUGAUUCUUGAUAUCCGUAGUGACGAUAACGGAGAGUUGAAGGUUGUACAGACAACUGAAUGUGUUACUAGGAGUGCGGGAAGCAUUAAGACAUUCGAAGGCUAA